AUGGCGUCAUUACCCCCACUGACAGAAUCUCUUGUCCCUUUUUUAGAUCCCUACCUGCCACAAAUAAAUCGUACGGUUUCACUAGACAAAGCCGAGACUGAUGAGAAUCCUCCUUUUAUUACUUUAACAUUUGCUCAAUCCAUCGAUUCAAGGAUAAGUAGCUCCCCAGGUGUCAGAACUUCGAUUUCACACUUAGAAACUAAAACUAUGACCCAUUAUCUGCGAUCGAAGCACGACGCUUUACUCGUGGGAAUCGGUACUUUCCUGGCAGAUGAUCCAAAACUCAACUGUCGCUUCAGAGUAAAUCAUAACGGCAUGGAUCAUUUGAUAAGACCCGUGAUUAUUGACCCCACAUUUAAAUUGGGCUCUUUUUAUGAAGGGUCCAAGCUCAGACAAGUCUCCUUAGAUAGCAAAGGUCUUCCACCGAUUGUUGUAGUGAAGCUGUCAAAAAUCAGAUCAAACCCCGAAAUCGAGAGCUUUUGCAUCCAGCAUGAUAUUGUGCUGCUUCCGUUGGAGGGUGAGCUAGCGUCUAAGUUUCAAUGGAUUGAAGUGUUUAAAGAAUUAAAGAAGCGAUCCAUCAGAUCAAUAAUGGUUGAAGGGGGCGCAUCGGUAAUUAACAGCUUGCUCUCAUCCAGAGACUCAAGAAGUGGACAGCCUCUGAUUGACUCAUUAAUAGUAACCAUCAGUCCGAUUUUUCUAGGCAAAUCAGGAGUUGAAGUCUCUCCAUGUAAAGAGCUCCGCCUUUCAGACGUGUCUUGGUGGACGGGAGUGCAGGAUUCCGUGAUAUGUAGUCACUUGAACUGA